CGCGAGUACAUUUCGAAUUUCCUUUAUUUCUCAAUUCUAACGGCUACUUCCACUUCUAGCUUCUUCUUCUAUUUUUCUUUCUUCUCAAAAUCAACACACUCUUUAUUCUUUUUCAUCUCACACUUUUUCUCUAUCCCUCAAAUUCACUUAGAACUCUAAACCCUUCGUUUCCAUGGCAUCGACCCAAUUCGGCUUAACAGCGUCCGAUCCGGGUCGAAAAAUUCGUGUCGUGGCAAAAAUCCGUGGCUUUUCGGAUCCAGAUACCAAUUUCACAUCUGAAUCUUCAACACCUGUUGACUGGGUUUCGGUGAACAGAGAAAAUUCGGGGGAUUUCACUAUCUCCUUUAAAGAACAAUCUUCUAGUCGGUACUCAGUGGACUAUUGCUAUGAUGCACUUGAAAAUAAUGAAAUUAUCUAUUCAAGGGAGGUGAAGCCUCUUGUUUUGGCAGCUUUUGAAGGUCUUAACAGUACUGUUAUUGCUCAUGGAGCUAGAGGCAGCGGAAAAACUCACUUAAUUCAGGGUUCUUUGGAGAGACCGGGUUUGGCAGUGCUGGCUACUUCUGAAUAUCUCUCUAUGGCUGAGAAAAAUGGGAAAUCUGUAGCAGUAUCUUUCUAUGAGGUUGAUCACCAGGACCAUGCUGUCGAUUUAUUAAAUCCAGAACAACCACCAAUUUUGGUGCUUGAAGAUCACGGAAGAAUUCAGUUUAAAGGAAUUACUCAGACUCCUGUGAAAUCCAUUGCCGAGUUUCAGAAAUUAUACAUCACUGCAUGUUCUGCACAAAAGGCUGCACCCAAAAAAGGCUUUGAGCAUGCUUGUAGAAGCCACAUGGGAUUAACUGUUAGUGUUUUUUCCCAGAAUGAAGGCGUAGAUGGUCUUGUGAGCAAAAUGAAUUUUGUUGACAUGGCAGGUUAUGAAGAUACUAGAAGGAGAAGUAGUGAUGGCUCCGGUCUUGCUGAGAAUAACAAAAUUAACAAGUCAAUUUACGCCUUACUGAAUGUUUGUCAUGCUUUGAGCACAAAUGAAAGUCGUGUUCCCUACCGGGAAAGCAAACUCACACGUAUGUUGCAGGACUCUUUGAGGGGAACUAGCAAAAUUUUGUUGGUUUCGUGCUUGAACCCAUCAUUUUGCCAAGACACUAUUUACAUGGUAAGCUUAGCAUCACGGUCAUGUCAGCGAAUUCCCUUAGAUUCCCUAAAGAAAAGUUCAAGUUCAGCCAGACAGACAGUGACCUUAGAUUCCACAAAGAAAAAUGCAGUUUCAGCAAGACAGACAGUAACCUCAGAUUCCACAAAGAAAAGUGCAAAUUCAAUAAGACAGACAGUGGCCUCAGAUUCUACGAAGAAAAAUGCAAGUUCAGCAAAACUGACAAUAACCUUAGAUUCUACAAAGAAAAAUGCAAGUUCAGCAAAACCGACAAUAACCUUAGAUUCCACAAAGAAAACUGCAAAUUCAGCAAGACAGGCAGUAACUUUAGAAUCCACAAAGAAAAGUGCAAAUUCAAUAAGACAGACAGUGGCCUCAGAUUCUACAAAGAAAAGUGCAAGUUCAGCAAAACUGACAGUAUCCUUAGAUUCCACAAAGAAAAGUGCAAAUUCAAUAAGACAGACAGUGGGCUCAGAUUCUACAAAGAAAAGUGCAAGUUCAGCAAAACUGACAGUAUCCUUAGAUUCCACAAAGAAAAGUGCAAGCUCAGCAAGACAGACAGUGGCAUCAGAUUUCACGAAGAAAAGUGCAAGUUCAGCAAGACAGAUGGUAACCUUAGAUUGCACAAAGAAAAAUGCCAGUUCAGCAAGACAGACUGUGGCCUCAGAUUCCACGAAGAAAAGUGCAAGUCCAGCUCUACAGGGAAUCAUUUCUCACAAAAACAAGAUACCCAUAAGUGUUUCAGCAACCACAAAGAAAUUACCAGUUUCCAAAUCUCAUAUACAUGAGAAGAAAGGGGUUGUUGCUGUUAAGUCUGCAAUGAAAGGAAGGAAAUUGUUUGAAGAAGCCAGCCACUCUGCUGCUAAAGCUGAGAAGGAAAUUCCCAUUGCCCAAGUUACAAAAGCAUCAGAGCCUUUAUUGGACGAUUCAUUAUCAGAAGAUGGAAAUGAUGUCCAUGUAAACUCUAUGGUAGAACAGGACAGUUCAUUAACAGGAAGCGGAAAUCAUAUUGAACUAAACUCUAGAGUUGAAAAGGACCAUUCUCUUGCAAAUGCUAGUAAUAAUGUCAAGCUCAACAUGGUGAAGGAAACUGAAAUAUUCAUUGCCAAAGUUACGAAAGCAUCAGAGCCUUUAUUGGACAAUUCAUUAUUAGAAGAUGGAAAUGAUGUCCAUGUUAACUCUAUGGACAAUUCUCUUGCAAAUACUAGUAAUAAGGUCAAACUCAAUAUGUUAAAGGAAAAUGAUGACCCAUUUCUUAAUGCUAGUAGUGAAGUGAAAGUGAAUCCCAUAAUGGAAAAGGGUAUUUAUGAUGAUAAAGAGUAUCAUAAUGAGAUACAUGCCCCUCAUGCCAUUAAUUACUCCAAAGACUUGUUGAUAGCCGAUGAAGGUUAUAACAUGAACAAGGAAAACAACAGUUUAAUGGAAAAUGGAGAUUGCUCACCAUCCAUUAGCUCUCAAUUGCGUGAACUUCAAUCUCUAGUUUCGUCAACUCCAUUAACUCUACAGUUACCAGAAAAGAGAUGCAUUUCACUUGAGGAUCAAAUUUCUACUGAAAUUGCAGAACCAGUAACUCCUAUAAUUGAAAGACGAGAUUUAGUGAAUACCAAAAGUCCUUGGGAAACAUUCGCCAUGCAUGGUUCUGGAAUGAAGCAUUCUCUUGUUAAAGACUAUCUUAGGAUAUUAAACACAGCUGAAAAAGAUGAAUUAAAAAAGUUAAAGGGAAUUGGAGAGAAAAGAGCAACCUAUAUACUUGAGCUUCGUGAAGAAUCUCCAGAACCUUUCAAGAGUCUUGACGACUUAAAGGACAUUGGACUUUCUGCAAAGCAGAUUAAGAAAAUGAUGAAGAAGGAAGUUGGAGAGCUUUUCGAUUAGUUCUAAUGACAUUAUCGAAUGCUUGUAUUAGAUUAAAUUUAUGGUGGCAACCUGAAGUUGCCCUUGAGUUGUGUGACAUUUGAGUAUGUAAUGGUAAUUCUUUUUCCUUGUUUCAUCCUCGAUAGUAUAUCAAGUGACUUUUAAUAUAA